AACAUGUACAUGGCUGUAAUUUUUCUCUCCAUUUAAUGUGGCACUCAGAGAAUUAAACAAAAUACAGAGGGAAAAGAAGGGAAAAAUCUCAUCUUGAUAUUGCGAUGGCUGUUGCCGUGGCUGCUCCUCCUUCUCCAUUUCUGGGCAACACCUCAUUCCACUCUAGGAAAACAACGUUUAGAAGAUACAUCCAGAAUUCAGAUGGGCGGUUUUCCAUAAAAUCCAUAUUUUGGGGGCCAAGGAAGGCUGUGGAGCCUGCCAAACUGGAGCUGUCCCUUGGAGACUUCAGUUUGUCGGAGUUAGGUUCUGAGGGAGACAAAACUAAUUCUGGUAAACAGAGAAAGCUAUCAGUUUCUGUGGUUUCAUCUAUCUCAGAGGUAUCACCGGACGAGUGGGAUGCUUGCAGUCUUGAUUCUGCAGGUCCAGAGAAAUUUAAUCCGUUUCUCACCCAUGGUUUUCUCUCAAGCCUGGAGGAGUCAGGUUCAUCAGUGAAGGAAACAGGAUGGGUUCCACAGCAUAUCAUUGCUAGGGAUGACUGCAAUAAGGUUCUAGGAGUUAUCCCUCUCUACCUGAAAAGCCAUUCUUAUGGUGAAUAUGUGUUCGAUCAUUCAUGGGCUGACGCCUACCACACUUAUGGAUCAAGAUAUUACCCAAAAUUGCAAUGUUGUGUACCUUUCACUCCAGUUACCGGCCCAAGGAUCUUGGUCCUUAAUACCAAUUACAGAGAUCAGGUCUUUGAUAUUUUAGUCUCUGCAUUGUUGGCGCUGACAAUUAAGUUUCAGGUGUCAUCUCUACACAUCACCUUCCCUUCUGCAAACGAGUGGGGGAAGUUGAAGGAGAAGGGUUUUCUGCAGAGAAUUGGAAUGCAGUAUCACUGGAAAAAUCGUAAUUAUAGGAGUUUUGAUGAGUUCUUGAUGGACAUGAAGCAAAGUAAGAGGAAAAAUAUUCGCCAAGAGCGAAAGAAGAUAUCUGCUCAGAAUUUGACAAUGAAACGCCUAAGAGGAUAUGAAAUUAAGGCUAAGCACUGGGAUAUAUUCUAUAAGUUCUACAGAAAUACCACCGACAAUAAGUGGGGUACUGCUUAUCUAACAAGAGACUUCUUCCACAAUAUGGCUUCAAAGAUGGGUGAUCGAGUACUACUUGUCACUGCAGAAGACGGGGAUGAACUUGUGGCUGGAGCCCUUAAUCUUAUUGGAGGAGAUACUUUAUAUGGACGCUUAUGGGGAUGCCUCCCUCGUGCAUACUAUCCAAGCUUACAUUUCGAAGCCUGCUAUUAUCAGGCUAUAGAAGCAGCAAUUGAAUUUAAUCUCGACAAGGUUGAGGCAGGCGCCCAAGGUGAGCACAAAAUUCAGAGGGGUUAUAUGCCCGUGACCACCUACAGCUGCCACUAUAUUCUGGACGAAGGCUUCCGGGAAGUCAUUUCAGAUUUCUUGGUACGAGAAAGAGCUCAGCUUGAACUUGUUAUGAAAUUAUUACAAGAAUCUGGUCCAUUUAAGGACAACAUCACUUGAAGUGCUAAAGCCGGAAUCAUCAUUGACUGAAGAAACGACAACAUUAAAAAGCAUUUGUACUCUAUUCAGAUUGAUAACAUUGAGAAGUGGAUAGCAGCAGGUCAAGUUAGGUCUUAUUCAUACUGUAUUGCCUCCCCCAUAAUAGAAUCAGGUGGAUGUGGAUGAGCUUUUUGUGUACUGUACAUAUAUUGUAGUAAACCCCAUCGCACAAAUUUGUAAAUAACUCGAUAUAGACAUCACGCAUGUAUAAACUCAAAACAGUAUCUGGACAAGAUAAUUGGACACUUUCUGCCACUUAGCAUGGUACGCAAAUAUUGGUGAACCUGGGUCAACAAGUCA